CAAUCGUGAAUUUCCUACUCACGUUGAGGGUGGAAGGAUGCGAGCAAGCAUCAUCCGCAUGCACCAGCAAAAAGCGUGGCUUUUCUUGUGAAUGACAUCGAUCGACGAUUGACUCGAUCGACGAAUGGGGGAGCGCGUCUUGACUAAACGCACUUAUAAAGAGGUCGGCACCUCCACUCGUACCCUUACUCCCGCCAGCAGCAUCUGUGACGCUGCAUCUUCACAGGGCUGCCAUCCUCGCGGUAUCCCUCACUAGCACCACCCGUCACCCAUCAUGUCGUCUGCCGCUUCCACCUCAAACCCCUCCCUGCCUCCGCCUUCGCGCUUCGGCGAGACAGCGGCAGGGUCAAUCAUCUACCUCCUCUCUGGCAAGAAGCUGUUGCGCGCACCAGAAGAGAAGCAAGGCUAUGUCGUGCCCGAAAAGUACAAAGUGGGCGCUCCUACAGUAGCAGAUGAGCGAGCGAAAGAGAAGCUGUCAAUGGGCCAAGCAAGUCCUGCAGCCGAAUCCAACCACAGCGAAAGUGGGACUUUGAAUGGAGGUGCAGCCCGUGCAGAGCAACUGAAGCCGGCCGACGUUGAGAAGGCGGCCUUAGCAGCCAAGGAUGAUCAAGCCAAGCAGCCAGGCGAUCAGAGCGAGGAGAAGCAGGGUGCAGAUGUUGGUCAGCUGCACAAUGGCGGGGAUUACACCCUCGUCACUUGGUACUCGGACAGCGAUCCCGAAAAUCCGCGCAACUGGCCGCUGCUCUACAAAAUUUGGGUCACUGCUCAGAUCUGCAUGGCCACGACCGCCAUCUACAUGGGGUCCGCCAUCAUCUCGCCGGUCACCGAGGACCUCAUGAUGGAUCUCAAUUGCGGUCGCACAGCCGCUGCUCUGACCAUCACUCUAUUCGUUUGGGGUUACGGCAUCGGACCCUUGUUCCUCAGUCCCAUGUCGGAAAUUCCAGCCAUCGGUCGCACUUGGCCCUACAUCAUCAGUAUUGGCCUCUUCGUCCUGCUCCAAUUCCCUUCCAUCUACAACUCCUCCCUGGGCGCUUUGUUGCCGCUCCGAUUCGCCGCUGGCUUUGUCGGAAGUCCGGUAUUGGCAACAGGUGGAGCAACAGUCGGCGAUAUUUGGGACAUGGAAUCAUUCUCCAUCGCGCUGGGUCUUUGGGGUCUGUCCGCUGCGUCUGGUCCAGCCCUCGGCCCAUUGAUUGGUGGUUUUGCCGGACAGGCAAACGGCUGGCGAUGGUGUCUGUGGCCUCUGCUUUGGGCAACAGGCGGCGUUUGGCUCAUCAUGUUCUUUCAACUCCCCGAGACGAACCACUCCACCAUUCUCUCUCGAAGAGCAGCUCGCCUGCGCCGAGUGACUGGCAACCAGAAACUCACCAGUCAAGGAGACCUCGAAGCUGCGGGCAUGACACUCGGAGAAGUGGCUCAGAUGACAUUGGUCCGACCGUUCAUCUUGACCUUUGCCGAGCCUGUCGCCUUUGCAAAUAAUCUCUUCAUUGCAUUCAUCUACGCCGUUCUGUACUGCUUCUUUGAGGUCUACCCGCUCAUCUUUGCAGAAAGGCAUGGUUUCAACCCUGGAGAGCUUGGCACUGCAUUCUUGGGUAUCGUCGUCGGCGCCGUCAUCGGAAUGGGCAUCUACUCAAUAUUCGUCAUCAAGUACCUCAACCCACGUUUGCGGUCUGGCGAACACUCUCCAGAGGAUCGACAAAUCAUCGCAAUGGUUGGAGGUAUCUGCUUCCCCAUCUCCCUCUUCUGGAUCGGAUGGACAAGUUUCAGCUCCAUUCACUGGAUCGUGCCCAUUCUAGGCAGCGGACUUUUCGGCAUGUCGGUCUUUUUCCUCUUUCAAGGCAUCUUGGUCUACCUAGCACAAAAUUAUCCCAGAUACGUAGCCUCCAUCUUCGCAGCCAACGACGUCAUGAGGAGCGGUCUGGGAGGCGCUUUCCCGCUCUUUGCGAGCCAGAUGUUCUCUGCUCUCACUGUGCAGGGCGGUUGCUCGCUCUUGGGAGGCUUCUCCCUGCUCCUCACCCCUAUCCCCUUCGUGCUUUACAAGUACGGCCCUCGUCUCCGUGCAGCCUCCAAGUGGGCCGGCAUGUCCGAGAACGAAGAGUAGACGAACGGUCUGCGAGACCGGUGCGAGCUGUGGCCUCACAUGCUCGACCCUCAGAGUAGAGCCUUCAUCCAUGUAAUUACACCUACCGUGUGCAUCAUGUACCUACAAUUCUUGACGGACAUCACACUCAAUGGACGAUGCUUCGCAUAGGCUGUCGUGCCCUGCCUCUAGAAUGACACCUAGCAAGACUGUGGUUGGAUC